AUUAUCCAAACAGCUGCAAAACGGAACGAGAGUUUCUAUUGGACAAAUUCAGGUAGGUCCCUCCCCGUUUCGUUUCUUUUGCUUCCUUUUCGAAAAGAAACUGCGCUGACAUUAAUCCCUAUACUCGCAAUUAUCCAGCUACUUUAUUUACGUGGCAUCUGAUUUGUUGCAGAAUACAAAAAUUGUGUUUUUCUAUAAAUCUUCUAAAGGGUAUGGAAAUGUUUUUUACCAGCUUCAGUUAUAACUCAUUCAUACAUCUAGCUGUAAUUAUAGAAUAUGAGACAUACUGCAUGCAUGGUUUCAUUGCAACUGCUGUACAGUGUGAUGUCUGAUGAUUGUGAUAGUAAAGUGUAAGUACAGGAUAUUUUACAGAAUUGAUUUAUUUUAGAUUUCCUCAAUCUGGGUUAUUGGAAUGCCAUUCACACACUUGUCUGUCCACAAGUAAAUCCACAACAAACGACAAGGUCGUGCGGUUGCUUAUGAUUGGUGAGGCAGUUGACGCAUGUGUUUGUCAGUUGGCUACGAUUUUUUUGUUGAAAAAAAAAUGCGAUUUACUUAGCUAGGUUUAGGACAACGCCAUAUUGUCAAUACCACUGGAUAAUUUUCGGCAAUAAUGUCAAAGUAAGUGGCCGUUUUUUGUGUGUACUAUUUUACAAAUAAUUGAUAUGAAUAUUUUCUAGUCAUAGUUGGUAAAGAUAUCGCUAGCAUCGUGCAGUUGCUUGCUAGCUAACGUUAGCUGGCUAAGCCAGCAGUUAGCUGCGCUAUUAGCACUCAGUUAGAAUACAUAGCUAGCUAGCUAUUUGGCUAGCUAACAAAAUAAUUAGCCAGAUAGCCAGGUGAAACGACACUGCGUGGUAAAUUUGACUAGCUACAGUAAUGGUAGCGUAUUUCGUACAUGUUUGUUAACUGACAGGCUCGUUCGGGCAGGGACUUUUGACAGUCAGCUUUGUUUGAGACAAGGCAAUCGAGGGGGCAACAAGUCUGCUAUAUCGUCUUCUAGUCGGCUAAAAGCGGCGUCGGUUGUUCUGAACGUGAAAGUGUGAGGACACGACACUUUCUUUAGUUAGCUCCAUAUUUAUACCGAGGUGUUAUUUGGGGUUAUUUAAUCAACAUUUGACGCGAGAGAUGGCACACACGGAAGGAAUGGGAGAUGCCAUGGGAGAGUGUUCAGGAAAACAGGGGUCGACUCUUGGCCUGAGAAGUCGACCAUGCUCCAGCGAAAGAGACAGCCAGGUCCGCGUUGUCAAAGCCUCGCUUCAAGAGAGACUCGGACCCUACGAGCCGGUGGUGACCUACCUACAGUCCGUGCUGGUGUGGGAAAGGCCGUUUCAGAGUGUGCUACUGUACACAGUGGUCAACGUUGUGUUCUGGUUCUUUGCCCUGACCUCGCUGCGCCUGCUCUUCCUGCUGUCUUCAGGCCUGGUUGUAUUCAUCUGCAUUGACAGCUGGAGGAACAAGAUCUGGCCUGAGAUCAGAGUUAAAAAGCCUGAUGAGUCUGAAAAUGAAAGCUGGGGCCUGGUGCAGCCAGGGGUGCUCAGUGUUCCAGAGCUGUGUCACCACAUUGCUGAGGUCUGGGUCUCUGGGCUGGCCUUUACAUCCAGCCUGGUGCAGUUCAAACGCCACAACCCUGGCAAGUUCUGCCUCCUGACCUGUGCCCUCUUGACCUGUCUGGCCAUGGUUGGACGGUACAUUCCUGGACUGGUGCUCUCUUACUCUGCAGUGCUGGCUGUUCUGCUGUGCCCCCUGGCAGCGUACCACCGAGUGUGGCAGCGUGUGUGCGUGAAGCUGGAGCCGGCCCUGCAGUGGCUGGACUUCAGCGUUCGCGGGUACAUGAUGUCAAAGCCCAUCGACAACCAGUUCCUCCGCAAGCCAAUUCGGGGUGCAGCCUCCGGUGAUGCCAGUGACAGUGAGGAGGAGCUUGCUGCAUUCUGCCCGACGUUUGACGAUGCUAUAGUGGCCAAAGAACUUGCGAUGACAGACUCUGAGCACUCUGACGCUGAGGUCUCAUACACAGACAAUGGGACCUUUAAUCUGUCCCGUGGCCAGACUCCUCUCACAGAGGGCUCAGAAGAUUUUGAUAGACACAGUGACAAUGAGGAGUCGUUUGCCCAAGACCUCAAUGACUUCCCGUCCAUCAACCCAGACGCCACCCUGAUGGACGACGACGAUGACUCGUGCAUCGGGCUGCCCAGCCUGGGACCUCGGUCUGGGCGGAGUGGCCCCCGAACCACGGCCGAGCUGCUGGAUGUGGAAUCCCACCUGGACUCUGACCAGGACGACCUGGACGAGGAGUUGUCCUUCGGCGGCCUCCCCCCCGCUUCCGACUUCCUCGGAGGUGACCUGGCUGGAAUCAUUGCCAGCAACAUGAUUCAGGCGGCACUGGCUGGGGCCAUGCAGCCCCGUCCCACUGCCGCCCGCAGGGAGAGGCCCAUCAGAGCAGGGUCCAACAGGGGCUACCGCAAGCAGUCUAGCUCAGAGCUGGACACGGACUUGGACGGAGAGGACUUUGAGAUGCUGGACCAGUCAGAGCUGAACCAGAUGGAUUCCUUUGGGGGUGCAGGAGGGCAGGGUGGGGGACAGGGGUCCAGCUUCCUCUCCAACCUGCUGGGGAAACCACAGUGAGGCACCUCUACCUGUGUAUAACAAUCAAACUAAGUAUUUGUGUGUGAUUGAGUGAUUGGAAUGUUCAUGGAUUGUUUUGAGUGCGUGUGUGAGUAAUUUAAUCGUAGGAUCCAGCAGCCAGGCUCCUGAUUGAUAUCACUGUGAAGUACUUCUGAUUUCUUUAUUUUUCUAUCUCACUUUUCAAUUUCUUCCUCUAGUCUGUAGCUUGUAUGUGUAAGCCACCGUCAUCCAGAAAGUAUUAUUUUGUAGACUGAGCAAUAGGAAACGCAAUGUAAAAAACGUAAUCUUUCUGAAACAGCAUUACAGAACCACUUCCCUGUCCUGUCAUCCAGUAUGCCCUAGGUAGUAAUACGUUGUUUUUUUCCCAAAGUCGACCACUAGGUAGUAUACACACUUUCUAAAAGGCUAGACACACAGGGCUAUUUAAUAUGGGACCAAGUUAGACAUUCCUAUUGAUUAGUGAAGUUUUACAACUGCAAUGACCUUGUUUAGAAUAGUUUUAGCAAUAUCUGACUGGGACAAUUGUUAAGUAAAAGCCACUGCUUUCAUUUCAAGACACUCAUUCUCUAUUAGAAACUAAGUCAAUAAUGGUGAUAUUUUUAGGGAUCAUUCUUGAUUGAGACAUGAAUUUGUUUUGAGUCUGAAAUCAUUGUUUUAAAGAAAGGGGAUAGGCAUUUUAGUUCAAUGUUUUACUGUCUCCCCCCCGAAUGUUUCUUCCGUCAUGGGCUGUUUAGAUCUUUUUGUCUUUGUCAUCACAGUAAGUUAUUUUAUCAAGAUAACCUGCUCCUUGUAUCCCUUCUCCCGUGGCAUUCCCAAUCCCCAUCUUCACUCAUUUUUGCUGAUUCUUCUCAGAGGAGAGUCUGUAGAAUAGACAUGCAUAUAUAAGUAGCACAGAAGUACAGAAUAUAAACCUUUAGUUUAACCUCAACUCAUGCAUGUACCACAUUUGUAAACGUCUUAAGAAAAGCAUCAGGAAAACAUGUUUACAUUGAUGGGUGAACAAAAUGCUGGUAUACAAAACUCAACCGGAGUUAGCCUUUUUAAAAGUGUGAAUAUGUAAAGGAAAAUAUGAAAUAUGCUUGUCUUUUAAAAACUAGGGUGCAGUAAAUCUUAGCCUAUUCUUUUUUUGUGUGCAGGUCAGUAUGAUUACCCUGCCAUGGGAAAGCAAGCUCCUGCUGCAUUUGUCUUUUCAUGGAAACAAUCUAAUAAAUAGGAGUGAUUCUUCUUGGUCAUUGAAACUCAAAUGAUCCGCAGUUGGGUUUUGCUGAAGUAGCUGGAUCAAACAAUCAGAAAGAGACAAUGCUUGUUUUAUAUAUAAGACAAAUUGCCCAAUAAUGCUAUUUGUGUUGUAUAGAAUAUCAUGACUGUGGGAGAUUUAAUACAAUAGAACUUCUGGAUCCCCCUGUUCAUGGAGAUGGCCCAGAAACCAGAAUCGGUUUGAUCUGAAAAGGUUUGGGAUUUUAAAUAAAAAGAGUGAAUUUA